AGAACAGAAUAGAAAAAUAAUAGGUUAAUGUAAAUCAUUAUAGAAUAGGACAUUAAAUGAUAGAGCAGAACAGAAAACAGUAGAAUAUAAUAGAAUAGAAUAGAAAGAAAUUAAAAGAGACAAAUAUAGCAUACAUUCAGUAUGCAUUGUACAAGGCAUUGAGUUUUCCUGUGGUGGAAACUAGUAGAAUAUUGUUAUUCCGCCCCUUCACAGCGAGGACGUCAGCAGACGGUCUGCAUCAGCACCACGGAGCAGAGAGGGCAUCAUUAGUUUCCAUGGCAACGCUGACAUAGCAAGUGACGCAGGCGAGAUGGAGAGAGGAAGGUGAACGGGUUGAGGGAGAAGAGGGGGCUGUUGGCGACUGCAGUGCAGGUUGUGUAGGUGGUUGGUGGAGGUGUUACAGUGUGUGUGAUGUGGUUCAGAGGCAUGAAUGAGAGACAUUUGUUUGAAACAUUAACCACAAAAGACUCUUCCAAGAAAGAAAAAAGAUCUCCACCCUAUGGAGAGCAUAUUUUCUUGUGUGCCAGUUUGGAGCCACAUAGGGUGCAGUGUCCAGAAUGUGUGAGUCAUUUCACAACAAGGGUGUGGACGGCACCGCGAAUGAAGAAAGUGGCUGUUUGGCACUAUUAGAUUAGCUCUGCCUUCAUGACAACAAACUGGGGAGAAGGUUUGUCCUCUAGACUCAGGUAAUGGAGUGUGUCAAAAGGUUGUGUAAGGUACAACUUCCCCUCCACAGCCAGAGAAGUGUCCUUUGACUUUAGCUCCCCGGGGAUAAGCCAACAGGACAUUGCAUGUUGAGCAACGCCCUGUGUCACUCUGACGCUGUUAGACUGCAUACAUUCACACCUGGGAGCCACCCAGUAAAACCACUAAGCUGCUCAACUGGAGCAGCUGGUUGGAGGUUAAAUGCUUGGGCAGUAUCAACAGUUCUUAUUGAUGGAGGGGAGGUUGUUUUUCAUUCACUUCAGCUGGCCACUCACAAGGCGGCUUCUCUAACCUUUAAUCUGUGAAUGCAGUGCAGAUGCUUGGUUUUCAUUUUCAGCACACACAUGUCUUGAAUUACAUUCUAUUGCAUUAAAACGGUUGGAUUAAAAGGAUCAGUUUUUAUCCUCCCCUGUCGUCUUUCCAAAAAAAUGUCUUGUGCUGCAUGUUGAAGAAACACAAAUUCCUGAGUCUUCCUUUGUUGUUGUUUUUUCUUCACUUCAUAGCCAAAGGCGUUAAUGUGGGAUGAACUGCUGCUGACGAUUGCACCCCCAUACAGUAGAUGGCAGUAUGAUCCACCCAGAUCUGGUGUGUCACUUCCUUUGAGCCCUGAGCCAGAAGAAAACAGCAGCAAGCGUAGACAAUCCUGGGAUUCUUGCGUGGGGUAUUUGAUCCCCUUAUUAUACAUCAAUGACAAUUUUUGUCAUAACAACCAAGGAUAAUGGCCAAUAAGAAGAAAGUAAUAGUAACAGGUUUUGAGCCUUUUGGAAAGCAUGCAGUGAACUCCAGCUGGGUGGCAGUACAGGAACUGGCUCGAUUGGGGCUGGGUGAAGCAGUAGACCUUCAUGUGUGUGAGGUGCCUGUUGAAUACCAGGCUGUUCAGAGCCUACUGCCAUCUCUGUGGAAAGAGCAUGAGCCACAGCUGAUGGUCCAUGUCGGUGUUUCUGGGUUAGCCACCACUGUCGCUCUAGAGCAGUGCGGCCACAACAAGGGCUACGAGCGCCUGGACAACUGCAGCUUCUGCCCAGCUUCCCAGUGCUGCAUGGACAGCGGGCCCGACUGCAUCCGCUCUGUCCUGGACAUGGAUACAGUCUGCGAGAGGGUCAAUGACUCCGGCCUCGGGGUCACUGUUUCUGUCUCUAAGGAUGCUGGAAGGUAUCUGUGUGACUACACCUACUACACCUCUCUGUACUUGGGGCAGGGUCACUCUGCCUUCAUCCAUGUGCCUCCACUUGGAAAACCCUACAGCAGCCAGGACCUGGGCAGAGCUCUCCAGGCCGCUAUACAGGAGAUGCUGAAACUGCUGGAACUGGAUCACAAACACAACAAGCACUGCAAUCACAAGCACGAACACCAGCAUGAGCACUACUGAGUUCUAGUGCAGCGAGUGAUGAACCAAGAUCGUCAACCGUUAGCUCCAGAAAAGAAUGACGUGAGUUUCACGUUUGUUGUCAAAAAUAGGAGAUUGUGUCUGAAUUGGGUGCUUUUGACUGUUGCAUCAAUUCCAAAUUGUAAACCAUGUGUUGUAUCUUUAAAAACGUGACGGUUUUACAAGUUUGAUUACAGCAUCUGUUUAUUGUAGACCUGGUCUGGGUCUUUGCAUGAAUGGGUUUGAAUGAGUGUGCAGGAGUGGUGGGCAUCCGUAAGUGUCGGUCAUGUCUCUACAGUUCUGCCUCUGAUAAGACUGUGAAAAUAGAUGUCAACAACAAUUAUAAACGUACAAACAUUGUAUCACGUGAAAGGGGGAUUUAUGUGACUAAGAUAUACUAGUAGUAUUCACAAGGUAUUAGCUGAAACUACAAGUUAUAUAUGUUGAAACACUGUGGGAACAUUUACUGUUACACAAACUGUUUGAGUCACAUCCUUCCCCUGCCACCCGUGAGUGUGUCCGCUCACUGAUUUAAGUUUUUCAUUUUUCUCCAGUCAGUAUGAUUGAUGCUGCCAUUCCCUUGCAUUGCUUGUAUUUGCACCCGAGAAUUGUAAUGACUUUGAAAUGACAGGAACAUGAAGAAAUUAACAGAUUCACACAUAUAUAAUGAUUUGUUUGUCUCAGGGAAUAUGUUGCACACACAAUCAAUAUCAAGUAAUUUGAUCAAUUUAAUGUGUCUGUCCUAUGUAUGUAAAUGCAAAGCCAGCUCAAAGCUGCGUAUGAUUAAAAAACUUAUUAAAACAC